GAAAGUGAGAAAAACGUUUAAACAGUCGCGAAAAUGGCAGAAGAAAAGGCUAAAGAGAAUCUAUGGUAUGCCAUAUUGAAUGAGCAAAAGCCACGCUUCAGAAAACUGGUAUCAAACAAAUCUUUACUCGUUUUGGGUGAUAAUGGCACCGGCAAGACGUCCCUCAUUGCCAAGCUGCAGGGAAAGAAGCCCCCGAAGCAUGGAGCCGGCCUGGAGUAUGCCUACAUUGAUGUGGAGGACGACAGCAAUGGAGACAAGGCGCAGCUGGGAGUGUGGACAAUGGAUGGUGACACUGGGCACACAAGUCUGUUGGCCUUGGCCCUCAACGUAAAUAACUUUGAAGGUGCACUCGUCAUGCUUACAGUUUCGAUGACAGAGCCCUGGACCUGGCCGGAGCAACUCAACCAUUGGAUAAACGUGCUGGAAGGCCACAUCGAAAGCCUGCCGCUGGCUGCCGAGCAGAAGGAGGCGGCACGCAAGCAACUGGCAACAAAGUGGCAGAGUUACUGCUACCCGGGAUCGUCUCUGAAACAAACAAGCGUCGGUCUAAACAGUGCAAUCGAUGGGGAUGAUCUGUUGCCGCUGACAGAGGAUGAACUUACCACAAAUCUAGGUGUCGACCUUGUCGUUGUGGUCACAAAGACGGACUGCAUGGCAGCCGCCUUUCAGUUGGAGCACGACUAUCGUGACGAGCACUUCGAUUUUAUGCAGCAGUGGAUACGCAAAUUUUGCCUUCGUCACGGCGCUGCACUCUUCUACACGAGCAUCAAGAAAGCCACAAACUGUGAUUACCUCCAGAAGUAUCUUUUGCAUCGAGUUUACGGUCUGCCCUUCCAAACUCCACCAAUGGUCGCCGAGCCGGAUGCCGUAUGCGUUCCAGCUGGCUGGGAUACCCUGAAGAAGAUUGAUAUUUUGUCUGAGAACAACCAUGGCAUCCAGGCCGAUAGUGACUACACGGACGUCAUCAGGGCGCCUUACACUGGGAAUGGGAUGUACAAUCGAGAUUUGGAAUUCGUGGAAACCGUGGACGAGCAGGCAUUCCUGGCCCGCCAAUUGGAGAUCCUCAAAAGGCUCGACCAAGAGCAGGCACAGGGAGGCGGCGACACCAUACACCGCACGCACCGAACCAGCACUGGACUGCGCUCCACCAUAAUAACGGAUUCACCUGAAUCUGCUGGUGGCGAGGGAAUUUUGGCCAAGUUCUUCAGCUCGCUUCUACAGAAAAAGGCGGCAACUAGCACUGCUGACGGCUCGGAGUCUGGCCGCAACGAUACCGAGAAGUUGGCAGUUCCCUUGGAUCCGAGCGCAGAUUUGGAUCGCUUCUCCAGCAAUUGGAAGAAGGCAGAUCCGAAGAAGCCAGAGGAACCACAACAGAACAUGAACGAGCAUGAACAAACUAAGAACUAA